AUGGCACUUGCCUUGCCAGCUCCAAGCACAACAUCCGUCCAGAAUACCGUUCCCCUCAAUGGCCUUCCAGCGCCCGGCGCGCUCAACCUCAAAUACAUCACCCUCGGCGUAGGCACCCAAAACUACAGCUGCAGUGCCGCAGGUGUGGUCCCCGUCGCCAUUGGCGCAGUCGCCGACCUCUACGAUGCAAGCUUGCUCCUAUCACCCGCAAAGUCUUCAUUGAUCCCCUCCUUCGCUGCUGUAGCUUACAGCACACAUACCUGGUUCGGCCUACCUACACUGGGACACCAUUGGUUCAGUGCUUCCGGUGUACCGACCUUUGACCUUGAGACUCGUGGCUUCUUGAGUGCGAAGAAGGUGGCUAAUGUGCCUGCUCCUACUGGCUCGAUCAGUCCCAGUGUGGAUUGGUUGUUCUUGCAAGAUGAUGGAAGAGGUGUCAGCAAGAACCUCAAGGCAGUGUAUAGAGUUGAGACUGCGGGUGGUGUUGCGUCGGCUACUUGCAGCAGUGCUGGGGUCAUCAAGGUGCCGUAUGCUGCUGAGUAUUGGUUCUACGGUUAG